AUGUCUUACUUCUUCUCGACCCCGGUGGACAUUGAUAUCGUCCUCGAAGAUGGCGACGACCGAUCAAUGGUGGACAUCAAGCUGGACAAGAACCGGCGGGAGAAGGCGCCUCUCUACAUGGACGGCGAGUCCGUCAAGGGCGCGGUCACGGUUCGGCCCAAGGAUGGCAAGCGCCUCGAGCACACGGGAAUCAAGGUGCAGUUCAUCGGCUCCAUAGAGAUGUUCUUUGACCGGGGCAACCAUUACGAGUUCCUCUCCCUGGUGCAGGAGCUUGCCGCUCCGGGCGAGCUGCAGCACCCACAAACCUUUGACUUCAACUUCAAGAACGUCGAGAAGCAGUACGAGUCCUACAAUGGCAUCAAUGUCAAGCUGCGCUACUUUGUGCGCGUCACCGUCUCGCGCCGCAUGGCCGACGUCAUCCGCGAGAAGGACAUUUGGGUCUACAGCUAUCGUAUACCCCCCGAGAUCAACAGUAGUAUCAAGAUGGACGUGGGUAUUGAGGAUUGUCUGCACAUCGAGUUUGAGUACUCCAAGUCAAAGUAUCACUUGAAAGAUGUGAUAGUCGGUAGAAUCUAUUUUCUACUCGUCAGGCUCAAGAUCAAGCACAUGGAGUUGUCUAUCAUCAGGCGCGAGACUACGGGUGCUGCGCCGAACCAGUACAACGAGAGCGAAACCUUGGUCAGGUUUGAGAUCAUGGACGGGUCGCCGUCAAGAGGUGAAACGAUCCCCAUCAGGUUAUUCCUGGGAGGAUUCGACCUCACGCCAACUUUCAGGGAUGUAAACAAGAAGUUUUCAACCAGAUACUAUCUCAGCCUGGUCCUCAUAGACGAAGCCACAGACGCCCGAAGAUACUUCAAACAAUCAGAAAUUAUCCUUUACCGACAAACACCCCAGGAACUCAACGGAAGCCAACAACUGCCCGCACCGCCCGAGAGUAGGAUACAGGCGGUUCCUGCGUAG